AUGUUUUCGUUUUGCUUCGUUUUACUGUUCUUGUUCCAACAAAUUUUUGAUGGAAAUUGUUACGAAAAUGAAGAAUAUCGUUGCGAUCUUCCUUGCGAACAAUCUUGUUCUACUUUAGAUUUAUUGGUUCCUUGUUAUGGUACGAAAAUAUGUGGGAAGUUUUGUAAGAUGGGAUAUGUAAGAGAAAGCGUUGAUGGGACUUGUGUUCGACCUUAUGAAUGUCGUACGUGUUCUGCGAAUGAAACUUAUGCCGCUGUUGGUAGAGAUUGCGCGAAUUGCCAAAAUUAUCAAACGGCAAAGUGCAGAAAUAAACACGAAAAAAAAUGUUAUUGUAAACACGGAUAUAUCAGAAAUGAGCGUAAUCAAUGUAUUUUUCCUAUAGAUUGUUGA